AUGGUAGAAUCCAAGGGAGGGAGAAAACAGGCUACGCUGGGUAGGUUUUUUGGUUCGGAUGCCAGUUCUUCGAAAGAUGCGCCUAAACGGCAGACAACGUUAGCUUUCGGCCGUGGGGAUAAGAAGGGUGGGGAUGAGCAGACUGCCGGCCUAAAUGCAGUGCAUGAGCCUUCAACCGCGCCCAAGACCGAUAUCGAUGAAAUAAAGGCUGAGGAUGACCCUAGCUUGAAAUCGGAGCUUACCCAGGUGAAUGGGGCCGGGGAAAUGAAGACAGUCAAGAGAGAGAAAUCCAGCGAAGUUGAGAACCAUGACGGAUCCGAUGAAUCCGAUGUCCAACCCGCCUCUAAGAGACGACGGAGGAGUCCAAAGGGUGAUUCCACUUACCCAAAAAAGAGGUCCCCAUCUCCAAAGACUUUGAAGGCGGAAGAGGCUGAUGCCAAAGUUGUUUAUUCGGAAAUCGAAGUGACGAAGGCAUCCGGCGAGCGGACGCCAACCGAGGUGGAAGGCAAAUCCAGUGACGAUCAGGAGGAAUAUCAGUCUGUUAGUGAAGAGGAAGAGGAAGAGAAGCCAGAAGUAAUGGAGGAAAACAUGAAAAAGGUACAGGCCGUUAUCAAAAGCAGUGGCAAGGAUCCUUAUCCUGACUGGAAACCGGGUGAUCCUGUUCCAUAUGCGGCACUUUGCACUACGUUCUCUCUCAUUGAAAUGACUACAAAACGUUUAAUCAUUCUCGCCCACUGCUCACUUUUCCUUCGCCAAGUUCUUCGCCUAACCCCUGCAGACCUUCUCUCUACAGUACAGCUUAUGAUCAACAAGCUGGCAGCAGAUUAUGCGGGCAUCGAGCUGGGAAUUGGAGAGUCUUUGAUUAUGAAAGCUAUUGGCGAAAGUACAGGGCGUAGUCUCUCUGUGAUAAAGGCAGACCAACAUGAGAUUGGUGAUUUGGGUCUGGUGGCCGUCAAGAGUCGAUUGAAUCAGCCAACCAUGUUUAAACCAAAGCCUCUAACUGUCAGAGGAGUGCACGAAGGGCUCCUUGCCAUUGCGAAAGUCCAAGGCCAGGGCUCUCAAGACAAAAAGAUCUCAGGAAUCAAGAAAUUACUGUCAGCGGCAGACGCCGCAAUUGCGGGGAAGGGGAGCAAGGCCAUCGAUAUCACCAAGGACAAGGGCGGUCCUAGUGAAGCCAAGUUUAUCGUCCGAUUUUUGGAAGGGAAGUUGAGACUGGGGCUGGCUGAGAGAACCGUUCUAGUGGCUCUUGCUCAAGCAGUCGUCACACAUGAGGCUGAUCUCAAGGGGAAAGUCCCUAGUGCCGAAAAGCUGGCCGAAGGGGAGGCUAUUUUGAAAUCUGUCUACAGCGAACUACCUUCUUAUGAAGUCAUUAUACCUGCAAUGCUUGAGCACGGAAUAUUCCACCUUCGUGAAGUCUGCAAGCUGCAGCCCGGUAUCCCCCUCAAACCCAUGCUUGCUAAGCCGACCAAGUCCAUCACUGAGGUUCUUGAUCGCUUCGAAGGCAAGGAAUUUACAUGCGAGUACAAGUAUGACGGUGAGCGAGCACAGAUCCACUACGUUGCGCCUGAAUGCAUCCAUCUGUAUCCGGGUUCGACAGCAACACUGCAGAAGGAUGGCAAAGGGCUCUGUGCAGUAUUCUCUCGUAACUCGGAGGACCUGUCGAAGAAGUACCCUGACAUUCUGGCUAAGUUAGAGAACUGGAUCAAGGACGAUGUCAAAAGCUUCGUUCUAGACUGUGAGACGGUCGCUUGGGACGUGGCCAACAAGAAGGUCCUGCCGUUCCAGCAGCUUAUGACUAGAAAACGGAAAGAUGUCAAGGCAGAAGACAUCAAGGUCAAAGUCUGUGUGUUUGCUUUUGAUCUGCUCUUCUUCAAUGGAGAGCCUACGGUUAAAAAAACGUUCCGCGAACGACGUACACUAUUGCACGAGUCAUUCAAACCUGUUGAGGGCGAGUUCCAAUUUGCCCAACAUGGGAACACCAGCGAAAUCGACGAGAUUCAGAAUCUCCUUGAUGAAAGUGUCAAGUCGUCAUGCGAAGGGCUCAUGGUAAAGAUGCUUGAUACUGACGAGAGUGGUUACGAGCCUAGCAAACGAAGUCGUAAUUGGUUGAAAGUUAAAAAGGACUACCUUGCUGGAAUUGGCGACUCGCUUGAUCUCGUUGUGCUUGGAGCGUAUUACGGGCGUGGUAAGCGCACGUCAGUUUAUGGUGCAUUCCUUCUGGCAGCAUACAAUCCGAAUACUCAAAACUAUGAAACAAUAUGCAACAUCGGCACAGGGUUCUCCGAGGCCGUUCUGGAAGAAUUAUACAAAGAACUCACGCCUCUGGUCAUCGAUCGACCAAAGCCUUUCUAUUCGCACUCAACAGUGCCCAAGGAUCAGCCAGACGUUUGGUUUGAGCCGCGAUUCGUGUGGGAAGUGAAAACGGCAGAUUUAACUCUUAGCCCGAGAUACAAGGCGGCAGCAGACGAAUUUGUUGGAACGACCGGUGGAGGGAAAGGCAUUUCGCUCCGUUUCCCGCGAUUCAUCAAACCCAGACCCGACAAGAAUCCAGAUCAGGCCACGACAACGCGCGCAGUCGCGGAGAUGUAUCGGAGACAAGAAGCUGUAGCGAAAGAGAAUGCUGGAAAGAAAGGAAUUGACGAAGAUUUUGAAUAUUGA